GGAGAGCGCUAAAGACUUCCGUGAGUGUGUCACGUGACGCGACGCGCCAGCAGGACUGCGUAGCCGGCGCGCACUUUUGACGCUCAAACUGCAGCGCACUUUUGCACACUUUCAACAUGGCCGCCACCAUUGGAAGACUUUUCCGGACUUCUGCAGCCAGAGCAGCAGUGAGCACACUGAGGAGUGGAACUUCGUCUGGCAUCCGAGCUGCUGCACCGAGAGCCUGCUUUUCUAUCAGUACUUCUAAAUGGGCUCCAGCGGUUACCCAGCAUGCCCCUCACUUCAAGGGUACCGCUGUCCAUAAUGGAGAAUUCAAAGAGAUCAGCCUUGACCACUACAACGGCAAAUAUCUGGUUCUGUUUUUCUACCCGCUUGAUUUUACAUUUGUCUGCCCUACAGAAAUCAUCGCGUUCAGUGACAAGGCUAAAGAAUUCCAUGAUAUCAAUUGCGAGGUGGUGGGCGUGUCUGUGGACUCGCACUUUACUCACUUGGCUUGGAUCAACACCCCUCGAAAGAGUGGAGGAUUGGGACAAAUCCACUUCCCCUUGCUGGCUGAUCUCAACAAGCAGGUUUCCAGAGACUAUGGAGUCCUACUGGAGGGGCCUGGAAUAGCACUGAGGGGGCUGUUUAUUAUCGAUCCCAAUGGCGUCAUCAAACACAUGAGCAUUAAUGACCUUCCAGUAGGCCGCUCUGUUGAAGAGACGCUGCGCCUUGUUAAGGCUUUCCAGUUUGUGGAGAGCCAUGGAGAGGUUUGCCCGGCCAGCUGGACCCCAAAAUCACCUACGAUCAAGCCGACUCCAGAAGGGUCCAAGGAAUACUUUCAAAAAGUCAAUUAAAAGGAACUAAUAUGUUACAUUUGCUUCUAGUAGAUCGCACAAAACAAUGCACAUCAUUUUUAGGUCGAUGUGGAAUUGCACUACCCAGAUGUUUCAACAGAAAAUAAUUUCAGUGAUCUGUAAAAAAAAAAAAAAUGCUCAUUUGUUUGUGUUGCUGUGUAUACCAAAUAAACAUGAUGCUGUGUGGUGUUGGCGA